GACAGGAUAGCAAGUAGAAUCGAAAUCGCCUUUUUGACAGCUAACAUAAAAAAAUACUGUUUAACUUAAACUUGAUGAAUGAAUGCGUUGAUGUUUCGUACUGUUGCUCCUACAUCGAGGCAUAUCGUUAAGGAGGUUCAUUCUAUCACGUCAAUCCUCUGGAACGUUUCUGCGGAGAGUAUGCUCUGGAGCUUGUACUGCUGCCUUAGCUCAAACGUUUCUGCUACAGUGAAGAAAAUACCUUUUCAGUUUAAUCGAAACUCCCAGGUGUAUCGGCGCCUGGCUAGCGGGAGGCGGAGCAUGCAUGUGAGAUCAGAGAUCAGAUUGGACGUGGAGCUGUGAUGCGUGCGGCGAGCUGCAGGAUGAACGUGGCGGCCAUUCUGAAUGGCCUGCUGGUGUCGGUGGUGGCAGCACUGCUCUGGAAGUACGUGAGGCUAAGCGAGCACACUGCAGUACUGGAGGAGGAGCUGCAGCUGACCCGCCAGUCCCAGGAGCUGUCCCAGGCCCGGAUAGACUACCACGCCGCUCUGCUCGCCCUCCAGGAGCAUGGCACCCGUAUGGUCUGCACCGGCAAGAUGCACACUGACCGCAUCUGCCGCUUCGACUACCUGUGCUACUGCACCGAGGCUGAAGAGUUUGUCUUCUUCCACAGCAACUCCUCCUUCAUGUUGCCCAACCUGGGGCCCCGGCGCUUCCAGCCGGCCCUGCUGGACCUGUCCUCUGUGGAGGAUCACAACACCCAGUACUUCAACUUCCUGGAGCUGCCCGCAGCUGCCCUCAAGUUCAUGCCCAAGCCUGUGUUCGUCCCUGACGUCACCCUCAUCCUCAACCGGUUCAAUCCGGAUAACCUGAUGCACGUGUUCCACGAUGACCUGCUGCCUAUCUUCUACACCAUGCGGCAGUACUCGGACCUUGACGAUGAGGCCCGCCUGGUCUUCAUGGAGGGCUGGGGUGAGGGAGCACACUUUGACCUCUACCGCCUGCUGAGCAGCAAGCAGCCACUUCUCAAAGAGCAGCUGAGGAACUUUGGCAAACUUAUGUGCUUUACUAAGUCCUACGUGGGCUUGUCCAAGAUGACCACAUGGUACCAGUACGGCUUUGUCCAGCCACAGGGCCCCAAAGCCAACAUCCUGGUCUCUGGGAACGAGAUCCGGCAGUUUGCCUCAUCGCUGAUGGAGAAGCUCAAUAUCACCACGAGAGGAGGAGAGGAGAGUGCAGCGGAGGAAAAGGAUGAGUACUUCGUAGUGUUCAGUCGCUCCAUCAACAGACUCAUCCUGAACGAAGCGGAGCUGAUCCUGGCGUUAGUGCAGGAGUUCCAGAUGAGAGCGGUGACGGUGUCUCUGGAGGAGCAGAACUUCCCCAGAAUCGUCAAGGUCAUCAGCGGGGCCUCCAUAUUGGUCAGCAUGCACGGGGCCCAGCUGGUCUCCUCUCUCUUCCUCCCCCGGGGGGCCGUCGUUGUGGAGCUCUUCCCCUAUGCGGUCAACCCAGAGCAGUACACCCCUUACAAAACCCUGGCCUCUCUACCAGGCAUGGACCUGCAGUAUGUGGCCUGGAGGAACAUGGUGGAGGAGAACUCUGUAGCCUACCCAGAGAGGCCCUGGGAGCAGGGAGGUAUAGCCCACCUGGAUAAGGAAGAGCAGGAUCACAUCCUGACCAGUAAGGAAGUACCCAGACACCUGUGCUGCCGCAACCCUGAGUGGCUCUAUCGUAUUUACCAGGACACCAUAGUGGACAUCCCUUCUUUACUAGAGGCUCUCAGAGCAAUCGUGAAAACCAGGCCCAACCUGAAGAAGGCCAAGCCUGCCAGCACGGUCCACCCGGGCCGGGUCAGAGAGCCCCAGUGUCAGACAUCGGUCCAGGCCUCCAACGAGGCCAAGCUGACUGUGUCCUGGCAAAUCCCCUGGAACCUGAAGUACCUGAAGGUCAGGGAAGUGAAGUACGAAGUGUGGAUCCAGGAGCAAGGAGAGAACACGUACAUGCCUUAUAUUCUCCCCCACCAGAACUAUACCUUCUCUGAAAACAUCAAACCCUUUACGACAUACCUGGUGUGGGUGCGCUGCAUCUUUAACAAAAACCUCCUGGGGCCUUUUGCCGAUGUACUCAUGUGCAGGACAUAAUUUGUGUUGAUCUAUACAGUUACAAGUUUGUGACUGCUUGUUCCAGAUGAUCAGAUAUUGGGGUUGUCGAUUACUGAAGGUGAUACUAGAUAAGUUCAGCCAGUAAUGUUGAAAGUAGCGCUCACGAGCCAAAAUGGGUCUCAGAAAAUUGUGCACAAUUGUAUACGAUGUCAUUCAUUUUGUAUGAUAUGUUACGUCCUGCACAAUAAAUGUAUAUUUCCUACAAUUCGUAUGAUAUGUUAAGAAUUUGUAAGUGCUUAAGAUCCCGUUCAAUCUCAAUAAUAUGAAAAUCUGUGAUUGAGGAUAGUCUCCGAUUUGAGGAUAGUUGAUAUGAUGUGAUCUAUAUCUAGGAUGAGAGACAACCAUGUCCUCACACAGAGAGUGAAAUGCAAUGGAAGUUCAAUGGCAUUUAGCAUGGGAUGCAGGAACACGAGUCACGAUUUAAGGAUGCAUCGUCUGUACCAAUAGAAAGUACAUACAACGUAUCUUUUUGAGAUAUAGGAAUUUCUUUAAUAUACUUAUUUAUGAGCAAAAAUAUUUUUUAUUAGUCUUAAAACACUGAACCUAUCUAUCUGUACUUAUUUGAGUAUGUAAUGUAGGUUUUCAGCAAAGCUCAGAUUUCAUUGGUUUGUGAUUUGUUAUCUGAGAAAUCAUAACUUUGUGGCUUAGCCUACCCUCCUGCACAAAGUUGUAGCUUUGUCAUGUUGCCUUUCUAAUUGUCAAUUUACAUAAUUGUUUUCAGAAUGUUGCCAAAACCUUAAAGGGAUACUGUAAGAUUCUGGCAAUUUUCUACUUACCCAGAGUCCGAUGGACUCGUGGGCGCCCUAUUUAUGCCUCUGCGUGCAGUAUGAAGGAAGAUAGAAGUAGUUUCGCAAUCCUAACUAGCAUUAGCACAAUGACUGGAAGUCUAUGGGUAUCUGCUAGCUGGGUAUCUGCUUCAGGCCUGGACAAUUCUCGUCCUCGGAGGCCUAAUUGGUGUGACACUUUUCCCCCAUCCCUAGCAAACACACCUGAAUUUAAACUAAUUCAAUUUUUAACUGAAGCUCAUGAUUAGUUGAUUAUUGGAGUCAGGUGUGUUAGCUGGGGCAAAAGUGUGACACCAAUCAGGACCCAGAGGACUGGACUUGCCCAGGCCUGCUAGCUGCAAAUACCCAUACACUUCCAGUCAUUGCACUAAAUCCAGUUAGCAAUUAUGCUAGCACUAGUUAGCAACUUCCUUCAAACCUAAAUCAUAAACAUAUAAGAAGGGUGUCCAUGAGUUCAUCUGACCCUGGGGAAGUAGAUAAAGGGCCUCAUUGUCAAAAUCCCGAAGUAUCCCUUUAAGAGAAACCAAAAUGAAUUUGAAAAUGUGGUUACCAGUCUACAGUACCAUUUAAGUAUGUGUUAUUAGUUGUAAUUUAAUUAUAUUGUGCUUCAUUGAGGCUUUAAUAUUUGCCAGUUACCUUUUUGAACUAUUGUGACCCAUGGAUAAUAAAUUCUUCCUCUUCUAGAUUAUUUGAGAUAUUAAUUCAAGGCAGAUAAAAACUUUUCAAAGAGUGUGUCCAGGAAAAUGUUUGCAGUUUUCUAAAGAUGCGGACUAAAACAUGCAUUAUUCCUUCAAAUGUAGCAGUAUUUUAAGAACAGUGUUCCUCUAAAUGAAAAUAAAGAGAAUAUAUUAUGUAUUUAUGUGAAAGGUGCAGUUGCUAGAUAUGCGAGGGUUAGUUCUAUUUCUUUCAGAAAAACUGGAGCUUCUUUAAUCAGUUUCUUUGUCAUUGCCCUGUGUGUCAAAAGAUAAAUACAAAAAGGUUCAUGUCACUUCAGUGUGCCCAUUACAGCAAUUCUGAGUUCAAUUGUCCUAUUAUUAUUUUUUAUUCAGUCUACACAGUUGCAGAAAAUGGUCAGAAUUCCUUUCUUACUAUUAAUCAGUACCAUUUCUGGUUGUGAUCAUAGAACAUUUGUGCAGGUUAUAUGCAUGCAUAAACUUGUGAAAUAAUUAGCCUGUGAUGCUUUGGUAAUGACGACUAUGCCCUGAAUCAAACUGGAGUAAUAACCCAUUCUAUGGCUCAUCAAUGCUGCUAACCAUGUGUUAUUCAGUGUCUUUAUCCCAAAUGGCACCCUCUUCCCUUUAUAGUGUACUACUUUUGACCAAGAACUAUAAAGGUCAUCAGAGCCUAAAAGUAGUGCUCUAUAGGGAAUAGAGUGCCAUUUUGGGACUCAACCCAAGUCUACAUGAUGGUGUGCAAUGCUGCAUGUUACAUUUCAUUGCCUUGUGGUGUGCAAAACUAAAGUAAUGGCUAGCUUCCCAGUAUGUGCCAAGCCCUCAGAGUAGGAGUGCUGAUGUAGGAUCAGCUACAGCCUUCCUGUCCUGCUAAGCGUAUAACAUUGCCUUCAGAACGUAUUAACACCCUUUGACUUUUUCAACAUUUUGCUGUUACAACGUGGGAUUAAAAUGGUUGGAAAAAAACGUACAAUUAAAUCCAUCUACAAAUAAUCUAAUGUCAAAGUGGAAGAAAAAUGACACUAAUACAGUAUAUCUUUGUAAGUAUUCAACCCACUUAGUCAAUACAUGUUUCUCUGGACAAGUCUCUAACAGCUUUUCACACCUGAAUUGUGCAACAUUUGCCCCUUAUUCUUUUCACAAUACUUCAAGCUCUGUCAUUGUUUAUUGAUCAUUGCUAGACAACUGUAUUUGGGUCUUGCCAUAGAUUUUCAAGCAGAUUUAAGCCAAAACUGUAACUCAGCCACUCAGGAACAUUCAGUGUCUUCUUGGUAAACAACCAGUGUCGAUUUGACCUUGUGUUAUUGUCCUUCUGAACUGUAAAUGAAUCUCCCAGUGUCUGGUGGAAAGCUGAAAGACUGAACCAGGUUUUACUCUAGGAUUUUGCCUGUGCUUAGCUCCAUUUCAUUUCUAUUUUAACCUUUAGCGAUUUACUAGCGUGCCCAUAACAUUAUGCAGCCAUUUCUAUGCUUGAAAAGAAUGGAGAGUGGUACUCAGUAAUGUGUUGUAUUGGGUUUGCCCCAAAUAUAACACUUUGUAUUUAGGACAAAAAGUGAUUGCUUUGCCACAUUUUUUUCAGUAUUACUUUACUGCCUUGUUGCAAACAUAAUGCAUGUUUUGGAAUAUUUGAAUUAUGUACAGGCUUCCUUAGUUUCACUCUGUCAAUUAGGUUAGUAUUGUGGAGUAACUACAAAGUUGUUGAACCAUCCUCAGUUUUCACCUUUCACAGCUGCUCAAAGGGAUAUUCAAUGUCUGUUUAUUUGAAAUGUUUUUUGUAACUUUUAUUUAGGCUUGCCAUAACAAAGGGGUUGAAUAGUUAUUGACUCAAGACAUUUUGAGCUUUUCAUUUUUAAUUAUACUGAACAAAAAUAUAAACGCAACAAUGAACAAUUUUACUGACUUAUAGUUAUGAGUAAAUGAGUCCAUUUUUAAAUUCAUUAGGCCCUAAUCUGUGGAUUUCACAUGACUGGGCAGGGGCGCAGCCAUGGGUGGGCCUGGGAGAGCAUAGACCCACCCACUUGGGAGCCAGGCCCACCCACUGGGUUUAAUUAGCUUCUUGAUAUGCUACACCUGUCAGGUGGGUGGAUUAUCUUGGUAAAGGAGAGAUAAUCCCUGACAGGGAUUUAAAGAAAUUUCUGCUCAAAAUUGGAUAGAAACAAGCUUUUUGUGCAUAUGGAACAGUUCUGGGAUCUUUUAUUUCAGCUCAUGAAACAUGGGUCCAACACCUUACAUGUUGCGUUUAUAUUUUUGUUCAGUAUAAUCUAGAAUUUUUGGGGAAAUCAUCUUUCCACUUUGACAUUAUGGUGUAUUGUGUGUAGGCCAUUGAAAAAAUCUCAAUUGAAUCAUUUUUAAAUUCAGGCUGUAACACAACAAAAUGUGGAAAAGGUCAAGGGGUGUGAAUACUUUCUGAAGGCACUGUAUUGUGAUCUAAAAGGUUAAACUGUUCUAAAUCAGCACUCCUACUCCUGCGCUUGACAUGCGGCCCCACAUCUCUCUGUCCCACGGUUGAGUUUUCAGCAGAGGGCACAGGUUUGAAACGGUUUUUGAGGCAGCUGAGAGUGGUGACAGGAAUCUGUGAAUCAAUAGCAUUGGAUUGGGUUUCUCUCUUCCCCUAAAACAGCACUAGUGACACACAGAUCGCCAGUGCCAAUUCAUAGACUUUGCAAUGUGUUGCAUUGUUUAUUGGUAUAAUCAUUUAAUGGACAUUAAUGGUGUCAUAAUAAUCAAGGGAUUUAAAUGCAGUGCUGACUUGCUAGUAUGUGAAUAUCCUACCCAUUGUGCUGUACCCAUUGAGGUAUCCUACUGACGAACUAAAUUCCACAUUAACUGGAAUUUGUCCCUUUUUGACUGAGAUGUUUCGGUUUGAAAGUCCAACUUGAACUGUUUUAAGAAAAUAUGUUCUCAAAUGCAGUUCUGUCAGUGUUUGUAUUCAAGAGAUUAUUUUGAACUGUUGUUGUUCAAUGUGAUGUUGUAUUUUGUGUGUUUCUUUUGCUUGUUAGGUUGUGUAUACCACCUCCAGUAAAAAAAAAUAUAUUUGCUAAGACUGAAGUGUGCCAGAAA